CUUACCUCAGGUUCAAUUUGUGGAAGAAAGAAUCGCUGAAGAUGAUGAAUAUCACUCAUGCAGCUUCUGGGAAGCAGAUAUUCCUGGCCGUGACAGUACGAGGGACCAAGACGUGGGCAGCAACUCUGCCGAGUCUUCUGCCAAAAACUGAAUUCCCACCCUACAUACGAGUACACGCAACGUACUCCGGUCUUACAGGUUAGCAUUCUCUUCAUCUCUGCUUUACGACUAUCUUGGACUACCUAUCUGUCUUCAAGGAUAUCAACGACAGAUCCAAGCUGUCGGGUUACCAUCAACGCGAGUACCGAAAAGACCUUCCUGCCAUGGAGUCGAUCAUUUCCACAGCUCUCAACGCUCAACGCAACGACCUCUCGGCUCUUUCCAACGUCUCGACUUCUCCAGCUUACUGACGAUCUUCCAUUGCGCGAUGUUGCCUCAAGUCCUCGAUGCCUCGUAUCUCCCAGUCCAUGACGUCUGGGAUGCCCAAUCAGACAUGUUCAAUCCUGGGCGGCGCCUUCGGAUAGCCUCAUGGCCCCCGCUCGAGCAUGGGUAGAGGUGCCACUGACGUCGAUUGCACCCAUCUUCGAUCUCUUUCACACAUUUCCACCACUACAAUUCACCAUCGAGCGACCAUCCCAAAACAAUGGGCAAAGUUCGCGACCAGUGGCACGUCUUACCAACGCCUAUGGAGGCAGUUUCCCCGCGCUUUACUUCGUAACAGACGCUUCUAAUCAUGGCCGACACCGAUAAUCAUCACAAGCCUUCCCAGCGGCCUCUCCAGUGGACAUCACCACCAAGACCACCUCGGCUGUGGCGUGAUUGGCGAGAUACUGCAUUCGGUGCGCUGGUGGAGAAGUCAUACAUAAGUAUGGACUUUUUCCCUCGAAAACCUCCACUCUUCGCAUCGAGCGGGCCAAGCUCUUUCUUGUCAUCUGACGGGACGGCCUAAAACGUGCGGAAUCGAUAGCAAAAGUAGGUGGCUGAUAGCGGGAGAUACAGUACAAGACCUUUUUUGCCCCAUUUACAUGUACAUUUCGCAUAGUCUCUCAUCCCGCCUCCCAUCUUUAUUCUCAGGUCUACACCUCAUACCUCAUACCUAAUACUCCAUCCACUCGUCCAACUCGUCCUAUACCAACUGUAUACCCUGCCUCGCUCUCAGCUCAACAUGGAUUACCACGAUAAAUCCAAACAUCAUCCCGAACAAAUCCCAACUAUCCGCGCCCAAGACUCGUCAUCCUCUUCACAACCCGCCUCCGACGAAGUCACCUACAUGCACCGCGAGCAUGAACAUCAGAACCAGCGCCGAAUGGACCCCAACCCCAAUCCUUACCCUUACCAUGCAGAACACGGCCCGCCCAUCGACAACGCGCUAAAAUACGCAGAGGCCGAAGAGGAUUUCCAACACCACAAGACGCUCUGGUGGUCUCGCGUGCGGCACCACCUCCGUGACCCCUUCGCCGAGUUUCUGGGGACUUUCAUCAUGAUCCUCUUCGGCGACGGCAGCGUCGCGCAAGUCCAACUUUCGGCCAACCCGAAUCUACCCAAAAGCAGCCAGAACAAGGGCGAAUAUCAAAGUAUUUCAUGGGGCUGGGGCAUCGGAGUCAUGCUGGGCGUAUACGUCGCAGGCUGCGCAGGAGGCCAUCUCAACCCGGCCAUUACAUUCGUAAACUGCCUCUUCCGCAAAUUCCCCUGGUGGAAAUUCCCCAUCUACGCCUGCGCGCAGGUCGCCGGCUGCUUCUGCGGCGCCGCCGUCAUCUACGGCAACUACAAAUCCGCCAUCGACGUGUACGAAGGCGGCAGCCACUUGCGCACCGUGCCCGGGUACAGCGACACCGCGACGGCCGGCGUCUUCUGCACCUACCCGCAACCCUUCCUGACCAAGACGGGCCAGUUCUUCAGCGAAAUCGUCUCGAGCACGGUUCUUGUGUUUGUCAUUUUCGCGCUUAAGGACGACGCGAAUCUCGGCGCCGGCAACAUGGUCCCUCUGGGGCUGUUCUUCUUGAUCUUCGGCAUCGGCGCCACGCUCGGCUGGGAAACCGGCUACGCGAUUAAUCUGGCCCGAGAUUUCGGACCGAGAUUGUUCACCUAUUUCGUCGGUUAUGGAAAUGAGGUGUGGAGUGCCGGAGGUUAUUACUUUUGGAUUCCCAUGAUUGCGCCCUUUAUUGGAUGCACGUUCGGAGGAUUCUUGUACGACACUUUCAUAUACACGGGUGAAUCACCCAUGAACACACCCUGGAUGGGACUCAAAAGAGUCGUUCACCCGACCAAGAAGGGCAUCAAGGAGGCCAUUACCGGUGUGCCUGAGAAAGAGGUUUGAUUGGAAAAUGCGGGAGCUGAGCGCCCACAUUCUGACGCACGUCGAAGGGAUUUAUAAUGUAUUUGAUAUUUUUCUGCCUUGGGCCGACGCCAGGGGCAUGUACAAACAGAGUUUUUCAGCAAGCCGAGCGCUUUGUUUCCCGCUCUUGGGUAUCAGGUAAAUGUGGACGAACGCAUAUACGAGCCAUGAAACUUCAUCCGACGACAAGAAAGUCAGUUUUGAUGAUGGUGUUUUUUGGGUACAAUCCUCUCGCGGCGCAAUGUGCUGUAUCGCGAAUUCGGAGACGAGGAGAUAUACAAUCAAAA